GACAUAUGUUUUAUUUUUUUACUUUGCACAUUGUUUUGGAAUACAUUAAGAAAAGAAAGAUUCAGAUACUAUACUAUAUUGCUUAAUCGAUAAUGCUAUUAUAUUACUUGUAUUAAUAAUUUACCUUGAAAUCAAUAUUAAUUGCAAUUGAUAAUGUCGUCAAUACUUUUGAGAGUGACUCAAAUAAAUGCAAUUUACCUGGAUAAGGAAAUUCUUAAAGCUUUGCAACAUUUAAUUCAUAAUGCGAUUAAUAAUUCAUCGGGAAUUUUAUCGCCUUAUGAAAAGGAAUUGAAUCUGCUCCUAAAAUUGGCUGUGCUUAGAUUCUCAGUUCUGAAAAAUGGCUCUACAUUCGGUCAACAAUUAUUAUCAAUUAAAUACGCAGAAAUUUCCCCCUUGAAAAGGAUUCUUUAUAUGGUUUUGAAUUCACUUGGAUACUUCAAGGACAAAAUUGAGCUCUGGAAUCCAACACAUAAAGUGAAUGACAUAAUAAACUCAAUUAGUUUCGUCAUUAGAAUCUUGGAUUUGAUCAAUUUUAUUUUGUUUUUAUGUAGAGGGACACAACCACGAUUGAUUGAGCGAAUUUUAGGAUUAAAACAGGUAUACUCUGAUGGAAGUACACAAAGGACUUUUAAUUCAAAGUUUUUUGCACGAGAAUUAUUGUGGAAUAGCUUAAUUGAAAUAAUGGUGAAUGUUUUACCACUUAUUAACUUCCAUAAGGUGAAAAGAAUUAUAAGGGAUAAAAACCCAUUUCAAGACAGAAGAAUUACUAGUAUUCAAUCGAAACCUUGUAUGACACCCACAACUAAAUGUGCUUCUUGUAAUAAAACUCCUAUUUUACCACAUCAUAUGGGCUGUGAACACAUAUUUUGCUAUUAUUGCUUAAGAGCUAAUAUUUGUGCAGAUUCGAAAUAUCCUUGUCCUAUUUGCGGCCACUGGAACCAAAAUAUUUUUUGUGAGAGUGUGAAAUUCUGAAUUGUUUGAUUUGUUGAAGAUUGUUGGUACCUAUUGUUUUUUAUUAAAUUUAUAUAUUUCAUUA